GGCAAUGCAUCUAAGACUGAAAACCAACCCUUUGUCACUAUCAUACUGAAAGCCUCGAACAUAUGCGUAUGUACCUAGGAAAGUACUUAAGUACAGUUUAGGUACCUAGUCGUUAUAACAGCCUUUGCUACAAAGCUCUAUCACGGAAAACUACAAAUACCCCAAUCUGUUACUUCAAAUCAUCUACGCAAAAAUUUCCCCUUCCUUUCAAACAUCACCAUCAACAUUCCGGCAGGGCCCCGUUCUUCUCCGUUCAUCAAUCUGAGCAAUAACCGGCCCCACAUUACUUGCAGGAUCGCCGCUCCGCCGGGUGCUACCAACACUACAUAUCGAUCCCGGUCACUUGAUUUGCAAUGUCUUCCGUUAGCUCAUAUUCGGGCUCGAGUUGCGACUCCGAUGCCGAGUCAGUUUCUUCUUCAGUUAUCUAUACCGAUGAAGAACCAUUUAGCACCUUUCAAACCCGUGUCCUCGACUUUGCUCUUCACGAAAUCUGGCCCGAUGCGACCGAGGAAGAGAUCAGCGUGGAACGGAUGGCCGGAGGCGGAGAAAAUCGUAUUAUCGGUAUAUCCCGACAGCCGACUGAACAACCCGACACUCAUAUCUGCUACAUCAUACGCAUGCCCCGGUUCGAUAGUAUGUACUUGAAUAGUCAAGUUGCUACUCUACGAUUUCUCCACCAACAUAGCAAGAUUCCUGCUCCAGAUGUCAUCAAAUUCGACGCCACAGAGGACAAUGAGCUCAAUACUAGAUACACUAUUCAAACUCGCCUUCCUGGGCAAACUUUGCUAUAUUCAUAUCAAACUCUUUCCCACGAGGAGCGAUGCAGACUCGCGCGGGAACUCGGCCAUGUCUAUUCCGAGUUACUAUCCACUCGCAGUGCCAUGUCCGGUGUUUUAGUGCUACCUAUAGAUGGAGCAGGACCUCUUGAGCUUCUACCGUGGAAACGUCCUGAGGUUCCAUGCGCCAGAGAGUAUAGCAAUUUACCCGUGGUCGAAGAUAUCAAAAAAGUCCUACAAGAUAUUUUCACAGCCCAGAAAGACUACGACUUAAGGAUGUGGCCCAAGGACACUUCCGGACCCUUACUCAUGGAUAAGUUCUGCAAAAUGGCUGCGGAAUUAGAAGCAGAUGGAUGGUUUAAGAAUUGCUACACGUCGUUAGCACAUCUAGAUCUAGAGCCGCGCAACGUGCUCGUCAAUCCUACAUCAGACACGAGUUCUCCCAUCAUUUCUACUAUCCUUGAUUGGGACAGCGCCGUCUUUGCACCCCAAUUCAUGUGCUGCAAACCGCCUCUUUGGUUAUGGGCAUGGCAAGAAGAUGAGGAAGAAGACGAACGUACGGCUAAUGAUGAACCACCGACAUCGGAAGGACGCCAGCUAAAGCAGCUCUUUGAGGAGGCGGCUGGUCCAGACUACAUUCGGCUCGCUUAUGAACCUGCUUAUCGACUUGCGAGACAGCUUGUUCAAUUCGCCAUUGGGGGUGUGGGUUCCAAUAUGGCCUUCAAGGAAGCCGAGGAGAUGCUUGAGGAAUGGAGGAUGAUACAUCAUGAGGACCGGGAAGCAUCCUCCCUUACCAAACAAAUCGGCGAUUGCCAUAUAGGAGAUGAAAGUUCUUCGGAGCAAGACACUGGAAUAGGUGCUGAUAUUAUGGAAGAAGAGAGUGCUUCUGAACAGGAGGAGGAUGCUACGACUUUUUAUGAGAACGCCACUUCUGAGCAAAUGGAGGAUACUACUAUCAGCCGGGAAGAGAGUAUCGGUACUGAGAAGGAUGAGAGCGUUGAACCUAGCCUAAAGGAAGGCACUUGGACUUGGACUCGUGCUGGCUUAUGUAUCAUACUAUAGAAAGCGGCAGUUUAAUUACAACGAAGUCAACCCCUUAAAUUAUCUUGUUCCUUUCCUAGAGAUUAUAUUGUUAUGUAAUAUCAAUGUGCCAGCUACUAGAAACUGCCAUAUCUCAAUAAUAUCAAUAAUUCCAAC